GCAGCAAGGGCACAUUAUAGUCAUCAACCAUACAGCCAUCAGAACAGAUACGAUGCCAACAACAUGGAUCUCUGAGGCAAACCAUCAUGGACCAUAACACAUCUUCGCCCGUCAUCAAGGAGGGCCACGUCCCCCAAGUGUACCGGACUGCUAGCCUAGUGUUUUACGGCAUUAUCUUCGUCAUAGGCACAGUGGUCAACCUGACUGCCCUCUGGGUCUUUGCCUUGACCACUAAAAGACGUAACUCCAUUACUGUUUACAUGAUCAAUGUCGCUUUAGUGGACUUGGUAUUUAUCUUACUGCUGCCUUUUCGAAUGGUCUACUACAGUCAAGACUACUGGCCCUUUGGAGAUGUGUUCUGCAGGAUUAACGCCGCACUGACGGUGCUCUAUCCCUGCCUGGCCUUGUGGCUCUUUGCCCUCAUUAGCACAGAUCGCUAUGUGGCCAUAGUGCAGCCGCGACACACCCGAGAACUAAAAAGUGUCCGUAAAGCCUUGCUGUCCUGUGCGGGAGUCUGGAUCAUGACCCUGGGCAGCAUAGCUCCGCUUGUUCUCCUGGAAGAAGACCCUGACCGCAACACAAACUAUACCACUUGCAUCAAGAUGCACGACAUCAUCUACUUGCGCCGAGACAAUCCAGUCCACUUCGCACGUAUUGUCUUCUUCUUCCUGGUGCCGGUGUGCAUCAUGGUGGGCUGUUAUAUGAUCAUCGUGGACAACCUUAUCCAUGGACGCACGUCCAAACUGAAGCCCAAAGUCAAGCAGAAGUCCAUCCGGAUCAUCAUCACACUGAUCGUUCAGGUGCUGGUGUGCUUUGUGCCUUUCCACAUCUGUUUUGUUUCCAUGCUGCUGGCCAGCAGUGAGAGGGGUUACAACACCUGGGGGGCCUUCACCACCUUCCUGAUGAACGCCAGCACAGUGCUGGACAUCAUACUCUUCUACAUUGUGUCGAAGCAGUUUCAGGACCGUGUGAUCAGCGUGAUCUUGUACAGAAACUACCUGAGGAGCGUUCGUAGGAAGAGCCGUCACACCAACAGCAUUCGCUCGCUCAGCAACCUGAACAGUGCCAUGAUCUGAGGAAUAAUACAGCUGACGGAAGCAAUGUAAACGGAAUGCAAACAUGUUCAUUUUUGCAAUUAAAUUACAGAAUAAGAUUUAAAUUGCAGAAAAAA